GAAAGGAUUAUUGGACUGGUCCCCUAGGCUAUUAUUGGCCAUGUACAGCUGUGACAUACAAGCAUCGACGGAGGUAUUGGGCAAAGUCUACGGGGUUGUAGCUAGGCGGAAAGGGAGAAUAGUUGCCGAGGAGAUGAAGGAAGGAACCACUUAUUUCACUGUGUCUUCCCUGAUCCCUGUAGUGGAAAGUUUUGGUUUUUCGGACGAAAUCCGCUCGAAAACCUCCGGUGCUGCCAGUCCACAGCUGAUUUUCAGCGGAUAUGAACUAUUAGAUCUAGACCCAUUCUGGGUGCCAACGACUGAAGAGGAACUUGAAGACUUGGGUGAAAAGGCGGAUAGGGCUAAUGUAGCGAGGGUAUACAUGGAUGCAGUUCGCGAACGGAAGGGAAUGUUCGUGGAGAAGAAGCUAGUCCCAAUCUUCGUUUCAAAGAACAUUUUAUGUUAUCGGGGUAUCUUUUGGCCACGAUACAGUAGGCCAGCAACCAAAGUGAAGCCCACUCGAUCUGCUAGCUGUAAACCAGGACAAGACCUGCGUAUAAAUUUCAAUAUAUGUCGAGUUGAUGAGGAAGGAAAGCCAAUACCGUUUGCCGAAGCCAAAUAUGAUGUCGUAGACGUUAGGAAGCUG